UAAAGGUGGUCUUCGUUGAUAAUUUCGUUUUUCGGCCCUCGCCUUUAACAUCUCUUUACUUCUUCGACUGUUGCGGGAUGAGGCCCUUCCGUCUAACUGCAAUUUUGUUGCUGGGGAUUUUAGUUAUGGCAUUUGUUGGAGGACAAGAACAAUCGAAACGGAGUAGCAACAUGUUGCCAUUCCCGAGAAUCGGUCGUAAUGAUAAGGGGCUAUGGCACAAUGAUUACCCUAAUCAGGGCAGUUAUUUAAAUAAAUUUCGACUUUUAAUUUCAGGUGAAGACAGACCAGUUAGAGGAAACAGGAUGGCCUUUCCAAGAAUUGGUCGUAACGAUCCGUGGCUGCCAAAAGAAUGGAGUUUCAUACCAGUAAAUGCCGGAGCCGAAUUUGCCAGUUCAGACAGAGAUGAUGUAAUGGAUAGAGUGGAGGUGUAUAGAAGAUCAGAAAAUAAACCGGGAUUAUGGUUCGGACCUCGCAUGGGGAAAGUGCAUAAGAGAAACAGCGGCGACAUCGGUGCGUUUCCUUGGGCAACCAUUAUAAUUGGCGAUGCUCAUGUUCCACCAAAAUUCUUCUACAACAACCCAGCUGCAGAACCUUCUACUAACGAUUUAGACAAACCCAAAGAUCAAAAUUAAGUAUCAUCUAUAUUAGUUCCCAGAAUUUCAUGUAUUGUAUUGUAUAAAUAAUAUGUAGUUACAAAUGAGGCUGGAUUUGUAACGCUUCUAAUUUUUUUCCUUAAUUGAAACUAAUAGUUGUUUUAAGGGAAUCGCAUUAUGAAGCAAAUUAGU